AUGAUACCCAAAGCAAUCUCGGAUAUCCUUGAGCUGUCAAACUCUCAAACGGUCCCGCGGCUUGGCUUUGGCGUUUACAAAUCACCGCCAGAAGUAUGCGUGCAGUCGUGUUUGGCGGCGCUGGACAACGGCUACAGACACAUUGACACGGCGCAAUUCUACAGCAACGAGAACCAGGUCGGAGAGGCAUGGAAGAAGGCGGGUCUAUCGCGUGACAAUGUAUACCUGACGACCAAGAUACUUGAUGCAGCCGGUUCCGUGGAUAAGAGCUACAGGCAGUGUCUGGAAAGUGUUGAGAAGCUCGACCGCACCGGGGGCUACGUUGAUCUGUUCUUGAUUCACAGCUCCAACUGUGGGAGGGAGAAGCGCAAGGAGCUGUGGCAAGCUCUGGAGAGGCUUUACAAGGAGGGAGGAGCCAAAAGUAUUGGAGUCAGCAAUUAUGGCGUUCAGCAUAUUGAAGAGAUGAAGGAGUAUGCAGAGGUCUGGCCGCCUCAUGUGAACCAAAUCGAGUUGCAUCCGUGGUGCCAACAAGCAAAGACGGUGAAAUACUGUGGACAGCACAACAUUGCAGUGGAGGCAUACUGUCCCAUUGUAAGGAACAAGAAAUCGGAUGACCCAGCCCUCAAGAAAAUUUCCGAGAAGCACAAAGUCACCGCUUCUCAGGUACUGAUUCGAUGGUCACUUCAAAGAGGAUAUAUACCCCUUCCCAAGAGCGACACGCCUUCUCGCAUCAAGGAGAAUGCGGAUGUUUAUAGAUUCGACCUGGACGAUGAUGACAUGGCCAUUUUGAACCAGCUUGACCAAGGCCGAGAUGGAGCUAUCGUGAAGGCAGUGGACGAAUAG